CAACCCAACAAAAAUAAUUAAAAAUUGUUUCUUUCUUUCUUUCUGUCCAUUCUCCCAUCAAAGAAUACCAAGGAUUCUCUUCAUCCUUCGCAGCUGUUUGAAUCCAAAAGAAGGUUCCUGGUCGGUGCGGCGUGCUAACUGUGAGAACCGGGCUGUCAUCAUUUUACACUUUGACAGUCCGGUUUUUUUGGACCAAAUCCGCUGCAGAUGGUUGAGUAGUUUAUUAAUUCUAUUAGUAUUAUAUGGGCAUUGCUUAAUUUUCUUAUGAGUUAAGAGAUUCAGUUUUGGAAUUCCAAUAUGGGUUCCUUGUCUGGAAUACUUCAACGACCUCUAAUUGCAGCGGCUGCGGUUGGUGUUGCCUCCGUUUCCGCUGAAAUUUCUGAUAAAUUCCAGUGCUUUAGAUCAUCAGGCACGUGUUCUUCCUCUGACCAAGUUGAUCCUUCUGUUUUAGAUUCAGCUUCGGCUUCAUCAUGGGUGUCACAUAUAUCUGUUUCUAAGCUAUCAAACUUAGCCUUUGUUACCAGGGUCCGAGUACCUGUACCUAACAUUAGUUUCGGUGUUCUCGAUCCGGGCCAUAAUAGUUCAUUAUCUUCUGCGGCUUUUUCUCCUGUUCUUGUUAAUUUGUAUCAGUCUGCCGAGUUGGCUAAAGCCUCAAAGCCAACUGCAGUUGCAAGUGCUGUUCCUAGCUUUUCUCCUGAUGUAUUAUAUAGAUGGCAUUUACCGGAACCUGAUGCCAUUGAUGUUUCUGGUACAACCGAGUGUUCCACGGCGAAGUCUAGGACUGUAGUGGUUUUGCUGGGAUGGUUGGGCGCAAAGCAAAAGCAUCUUAAGAGAUACGCUGAGUGGUAUACUUCAAAGGGAUAUCAUGUAAUUACCUUUACUUUUCCAAUGGCUGAGAUUCUCAGUUACCAAGUUGGUGGAAAGGCUGAACAGAAUAUUGAAUUACUUGUGGACCAUUUGGCUGCUUGGUUGGAAGAUGAAGGGAAAAAUCUUGUUUUCCAUACUUUUAGCAACACUGGAUGGUUAACAUAUGGAGCUAUUCUUGAAAAGUUUCAGAAGCAGGAUCCUUCUUUAAUAGGAAGGAUUAGAGGUUGCAUUGUAGAUUCUGCACCUGUUGCAGCUCCUGACCCUCAGGUAUGGGCUUCAGGUUUCUCAGCAGCAUUUCUUAAGAAGCACAGUGUUGCAACAAAAGGAGUUGUUAGCAUGAAUGAAUCAAGUACAGAUAUGUUUGUUGGUAGAAAAGCUCUUGGAGAGCCCAAACCUGCAGUUACUGAAACAGCUUUGCUUUUAGUCCUGGAGAAGUUCUUUGAGGUGGUUUUGCAUCUUCCUACAAUUAACAGGAGGCUUUCUGAUCUGCUAGGCUUAUUGUCAUCAGGGCAACCAAGCUGCCCGCAAUUAUAUAUUUAUAGCUCGGCAGACAGAGUCAUUCCUGCAGAUUCUGUAGAGUCAUUUAUCGAAAAGCAGCGAAAGGCUGGGCAUGAGGUUAGGGCUUGCAACUUUGUCUCCACACCUCAUGUUGAUCAUUUUAGAAAUGACCCAAAACUAUAUACUACACAGCUCAAUCAGUUUUUGGAGGACUGUGUGGUUACUUGUUGCAAGCAGUCUUGAAUAAAGCUGUGAAUGCUCUGACACAGAUCAAUUCUUUUAUCCCUUCGAAAUUUUAUACUUAUACAUGGUUAUAGCAAUUGAUUCGUUGAUUUUAGGUUAUUCGGUCCAGCAAGAAUAAAAAAUGAUGGCCAUUAAUUGUAUUCUUUUUGUUAAAAAAGUUGUAAACAUCAGUCAAUACUGCUGUAAUUUAUUCUUCUUCAAAAUUAAUUUUUGAAAGGUGAAAGUCUUAAAACUAUUUAAUGAUUUGUUGGCUGAUGAGUUGGCAUGUUGUAUAAACGGCACAAUGAUGAAAUGGAAAUGCAGAUUUCAUGUUAUUGGAAA